AUGGUAUACAACACCGGAGUAUCAAGCGAAGGACUUGAGGAUGACGAAAUCGUUUGUGCUGAACGUAGAGCUGGAAAGUCAUAUUGCAAGGAGGUUGAAAACUACAUAGAGGCUACACGUCUAGAUAAAAUCGAUCCAGAACAAUUUGCUAAAUUCAAGGAAUAUUUCAAAGAUGACUUAGAACAAACACAGAUGGUAGCAACUCGUAUGGAUGUUGGUGAUAGUAAGACCAAAAUAAUAUAUCCAGAAGGUGCUGAGUCAGAGGAUUCCAAAUGGUUAUUGGUGGUGCAAGAUAAGCAGUAUAAACAGGGUGUUCUGAUAGAGGAAUGCGAAAACAUGGACAACUCUUCUGAAGAGAACAGUACCUUGCCAGUGGAGAAUAUCUCAAAAUGUAAACAGAAUUUUAACUAUCGCAAGUUGGUUGUCUUGGUGAAUGGAGAGAUGAAGGAGGAAAUGGUUAAAUUGCCAAGUACCUGUGAAUGCUCUACUUAAGGAUAACAUAU